AUGGCUAACCUGAAAAGAAGAAAGGUGGUAAAGGAUAACCUUUGUUUGAUAUGCAAAAGGGAAUCUGAAACCUCUGGCCAUGCUUUAUGGGGAUGCAGCAGUGCCCAAGAUGUUUGGUGUCAAGGCCCAAAGAAAGUGCAAAAAUUUUCUUUUCACAGUGACUUGGUUUUUAAUAUCUGGGCAGAAUUGAUUGGCAAGCUUGAACCAGGGGAUUUAAAUGUGGUGGCUGCUACAAUGAGAGUGAUAUGGGCGAGAAGAAAUGAUGUCUUACAUGGGAAAGUUUUUAAACACCCUCAAGAAGUCAUUGGCCAGGCCAGGGCAGAAUUGUCUCUGCAUGAAGAGGCUUUCCAGAAGGAGGUUGAUGCUAACUAUGAGAACAUGGCAAGAGUUCACAGAUGGACAAAGCCUGCAGUAGGUGGUUUUAAAGUGAAUUGGGAUGCAGCUGUGCAAUCGAGGCUAGGAAGGAUUGGCAUUGGUGUCCUAAUCAGAGAUCAUCAAGGGCUGGUGAUAGGUGCACUUCGUGCUAACAGACCUUUGAGAGGCAGUGCCUUUGAUGCUGAAGCAUAUGGGCUUGUUUUGGCAUGUUUUUUUUGUAAGGAAAUUGGAAUAAGGCAAUUCUGUUUGGAGGGAGAUUCAAAACAGGUCGUGGACCAAGUGAUCCAAGGUUGUCCUAACUGGAGCUUAGGUGGUUGCCUCAUAUCAGAUGCCAAAGCUGUUCUAAUCCCAGCUGCUGAUUGGUCUAUCUCUCAUGUAUAUCGGGAGGCUAACAUGGCAGCUCACAAGCUUGCCGAAGCGGCCCUUGAAUGCACUAAAGAUCUUUAUGACAUCGAAAUAUGCCCCCCUUGUAUCCUUCAGGUGGUUACUGAGGAGAUGAGGCAUUGA